AUGUGCAUAUGCCCUGAGUUCCAGCCGGCCUAUGAGUGGCGACUCACCGACGUCGAAGGAUUGGAGACGGCGGUGUCUAGGUCCAACCCAGCCGACCAAAUCCGCGCCUGCAUCGUCCUCGCCCUGGCCACCAGCGCCUUCGCUGGCUUCGUCGGCACCACCGGCUACAGCGUCGGCCUGGCUGCCGCCCCAGCCGUCGCUACCGUUGCCCACGCUGCUCCAUUGGCCACCUAUGCCGCUGCUCCAGUCGUUGCCGCUGCUCCAGCUGUCACCAGGGUUGCCACCGCUUACGCCGCUGCCCCAGCUUUCGCCACUGUGGCCCACGCCCCAGUCGCCACCGCUGUUGCUGCUCCAGCUGUCGCCUCCUACGCUGUUGCGCCAGCUCUGACCCGUGUCGCCACCGUUACCCACGCAGCCCCAGUCGCAACCUACGCCGCUGCCCCAGCUGUCGCUACUGUGGCCCACGCCCCAGUCGCCACCGCUGUUGCCGCCCCAGUCGCGACCUACGCCGCUGCCCCAGCUGUCGCUACUGUGGCCCACGCCCCAGUCGCCACCGCUGUUGCCGCCCCAGUCGCGACCUACGCCGCUGCCCCAGCCGUCGCUGCUGUCCACGCUGCCCCAGCUGUUGCCACCACCACCGUCCACCACGCCCCAGCUGUCGCCACCGUUGCCCAGGCUGCCCCAGUUGUCGCUGCCUACCACGCUGCUCCAGCCUACGGCUACGGCAUCGGCACCCUCGGUUACGGCGUUGGUCACUACGGCUACGGCCACGGACUCCUCGGCUAUGGCCUGAACUACGGCUACGGUCUUGGCUCUCCCUUCGACUACACCACCCUCCUCCGCAGGAAGAAGUAAAUCUCUGGCGUACCCGAAACUACUACGGUUGCUUUCACCGACAAAACUAUGUCUACACAUCACUUCCACAGCGUGGUUGGAAGAUUCUUUUGGCUGAAAUAAAAUUAAAUUAUUGUCUUAUUUUAUUGACAGUGGUGUUUUAACUUACAAUAUGUUCGUCUUACAGAACGACAUACUAAAUGAUCUCUCGGAGAACCCCCUGAAAAGCU